GCCCCGAGUCCCCGGGGCGGGGCGGUUCUCCUCAGCAGGUGCGCGAGCUCGUAACGCGCGCGGUGGGUCUGAGAUAGUACUACACCCUGCGUUUUGGCCUUGCAGGGUACGCGAGAGUCUGGCGAGCCGGGGUGGCACGAGGGCUCCCGUUAAGCUGCCGGCGGACACGGUCGGGGCAAGCGAGCCCUGUCGCAGGCACGGAUGAGCUCCCUCGGGAGGUCGGGAGUCACGCGCUGGGCUGGAUCCAUGGCAAACAGAUGAGCCCUCUGCAGAGGGGAGGAACACUCUCUGCCCUCAGGUCAGGGAAACAUGUCCCGUCGGAAACAGACCACUCCUAACAAAGUUCACUUCCUGGUUUUGGAGGAAGCUGUCUGACAAACACGCUGCCAGGGGGCAGGAGGUUAUAGCAUCAGGUAUGCCACGGAGUGGAGUUCUGGGACCUGUUCAUCUCCUUUACAUGCAGUACGUUGCUACAGAGCAACUGUUCAUCAGGAGCCAUCGAGAGAAGCAAGUAGGACCACAAGAAAAUAAGGGGACCAAGAGAUACCAGAAACUUGUCAAUGGUGAUGUCUUCACCUUGGGAUGGAAAAUCUUAUCUGUCUUAUGAUGAACACCACGAAAUCGUUGGGACUUCUCUGUCUACCUAGCCUGCUGUGUGUCUGGAGGGCCCAGAAAUGCCGUGCAGUGCCCUGAAGAGGAUAAUCGGAGAAAACACCGGCUCCAAGAACGGGGUGAGCCAGCAGAAUGAGGAGUCAGGCUGAGACAUAGCAGACACGUUACUGGGACUUCUUCACAGGGCCUGCAGUGGUUGGGAGGAGAGGAAUGAAAGGGACAGCAGGUAUGCAGCUUUUUACGCAGUUGCCUGCAGCUGGGGUCUGAUUUGGCAGGCUACGGGGCUGGGGGACUGCCUUUUGGAUUUGCAUAAAUACGACUGUGCAUAUAUGACUGGACAAAUUUGAUGGGAGGAUGGUGCCUACUUCUUCCUUGCAUGGCCACUCCAUCUUCUCUUCCUUCUUGGACUGAUUAGGGCAAGUGACAGCUGCUGAUUUCCUCUCGUUGGCUUGCUUGGUGUCUCCUCUUUCCAGGAUUACUUUGCAGGCUUGGCAUGGCCCUCAUUUCACCUUGCUCUCACAACACCAUGGUUUUCUGUCCUCACUUAGGACAGAAUCCCUUUGCUUGGCAAGCAGAGCAAACCAGCUAGGAGAUUGUAUGGUUACAAAUCAAAACAGUUUUAAAUAGAAGUUGAUAUGUAAGGAAAGUCAAAAUAAUACUGAAACAAUGAUAAAAAUUAUGGUAAAAUUUAUCACAAAAGUCUUUCUGUGCAUGAUGGCCAGUCCCACAAUUUUAAUUUAGUCAUUGCCCCUGCAGCACAUAAAUGGCUCUUAAGAAUAUAAUUUUAUUUUGCCAUGUGGUGCAUGAAAAGCAUACCUUACAAAGUGCUAACAAACUGAGCAGUAAUAGUGGAAUAUGCUUGUUAAAAAAUAAAAUGCAGUUAGAUUGCUUGUGGGGAGAUACCUUAAUUUGGUCAUUUGUUUCAAUUUGGUCUUUUAUUUUCUCCCAGAGUAUGCAGUAUAAAAGUAUAAAAACUCUAAGCAAUUCAUCUGUUCUUGCAUUCAUCUGUUACUGUGCUGUCACCCCACCAGUCAUGGACUACUUGCUGUCUUCGUGCUUGCCAAAAUUUGUUGCAGGUAUUAGCAUGCACUUCUCUCUCCCUGCUGUCCACAAGCUGCUUUGCUUUCUAUUGCCUGUGUCCUCUGCAGCUGAUGCUUAGAUGAUUUUAGAACUCUGGAUAAGAGCUUUUGUUAGUCAGAUUAAUUUCUGCUUCUGAGCUCUAUUUAUCAUGGCUCCAAUAUCCCAUUAAUCCUCUGUUUCCUUCCCUCUCUCUCUAACACACACAUGUUCUGUGCUCUUUGGUGUUCCUUGGAUUCUCCUGUCUAUAAUAGUCCCAUUUUGAAGGGAAAGUACCUUGCAAGAAAUAGAACCCAGCAUUCACAACUGAGCAGAAAUGUUACGUGCAUCAAAUCCCUUGGUUCUGAAGGGCUCUGGACUGCCAUUGUUAACUGUUUCAAUUGUGUUGUUUUUCAUUUCAGUAACCACUACAGCAGUGUGGACAACCCAGAAUAGCCAUGGGGCAGGUGGAAUAGAUCCACAGUGGUGGAAAGACUUGCAAAUUUCAGGUCCAGGAACACAGAGAAGACCUACAUGAACAGGGACUUUAAAUUUAUGUACAAGGAGGGAGUAAACUGACUCAUCUGUGAGAGACCGUUCUGUUUAGGAAGGAAGGCAGGAGAAUGAUGUAGUCCCUUUGCAUUUUGUUUUGUGGAUUUUGGGGUGGGAGUUGUUUGUUUAUGUGUUUAUUUUCCAGAACACCUGAGAGUUAUCCUGCAUUUAUACAGUUCAAGAAGGGAAGGGCUCAGGGCUGGUACCCUAGCAGUCAUGCCUGCCCUUGUUACACAGUACCACAGGGCUGUCCCCUAUUUCCACCACUGCUGACUUGGCAUCCCUCUCAUUCCCAGCAGUAUGGAGAGGAGAAUGGAAUACAAAGCAGAGGCAUUUGUGUCAUCUCUCCUGUCUUACAUCUCUAGCUGUUUGUAAACAACUACAGUGACUUGUUUUGGUGUUGUGGUCAGCCUGCAGCCCUGUUUGUAUUUAAUAAAGAAACUUCUGGAGAAGAGUCUGUGAAUUCACUGUUGAGCAUAACAUCCUUUACUUAUGGCAGUGAUCCUAAAGCUGUUGCCUGUCCAACUCCUCUUCCAGGUGAAUGGAAGCGUAUCCAAAGUGGGGUGGAGGUGGGAGUGUGUCUGUUUAUGAGCAUGUGUGUGCAGAAACAUCAAAAGUUUAACCCUGGACCUAUCCAACAUUAAAGUUGUAAGUUUUAUCAAAGGAGGACUUAGUCUGUCAGUAGAUGAACAGGACACUCUUUCCUAAGUUCUUUUGUACGCUAUUACUAUAAUACAUAAGAAAUUUUGUACAAGGGGAAGACAGUAUUUUUCCAUGUUUGCCUUUUCCAGUCCCGUGAUGAUUUUAGAUAGAGGCUGGGGAGGAUGCACAGGACGUGGCCUGCUAACAGCACGGGUUUGGUUAACAGCUUGCAUUGCUGGCUGUAAGCUGGUUGUUCUCUGCACUGUGCCGAGUCAAUACUCACUGGGCUCGGGGGGUGUUGCACAGAGGCUGGAGGCACAUACAGUUGCUCAGUAACUGACUGAUACCAGUGUUCCUUAUGUGAGGAGUUCCUUCCUCUGUCACCUCAGAUAAAGAUCCCAGCUCUUAAAUCCUGCAGACUGUCUGCAUGGUUUGUAUAGCUGAGCAGGAACCUGCCCUGCCUUAGGACUCCAGGCUGCUGCUCAGUGGGAGUGUGAUCUGUCUGAAAGGGAAUAGGGGGAAGAAAACAAACAAGUAAUUGCUUCCACGAGCAGCCUGUGGCAUUUGGGAAUUCUGUUUUGGAACUCUGUCAAAGGCAGCAGCACAUCUCCCAUUGUGGUUUUAUAUCUGUCCUGUGUUCUGCAGGUUUCCUCAUUUCAUCAUGCUUUCUCUUUCUCUUGCAAUGCUUUUUUGGUCUAUGGACUUUUAUCCUGGUGGUUUGUGGGUUUCUGCUUCUUGGAGAGGCACUGGAUUUCUGUGGUGUCUGCUGCUUGUACAGUCUGUAUCUCAGUCCCAUCAAUGUGGGGCUAUGGUCCCGAUAUAAAAACAGCACUCCAGGUCAUGAAAACCAUUCAGUGCUGGAAUGGCUUCUGAAGGGCUAUCACAGCAGUCAUGAUGGUCCUGCUGCUUUCAAUGACAAAUAGACUUGGCCCUCCUCAGCACCUCUCCUCAGGCACAUGGAUUGUGCUCUCAAAUCUCUACAGCACUCUUUCUCACAUUUCUGAAAGAGAAUGAUAAAAGCCUUCAAAUUAUUUCGGAAACCUACAUGGGGACAUGGGGAACUAAAAUUCUUCUCCCACGGUCUCAGUGAAACUUCUGAAGGUCUUUGAAAUCUUCCAUAAAUCACAGCUUUUUAAAGCCCUGCCAAAAUUGCAAGGUGAGCCCCAAGGAAGGCAGUGUGAGUGGGAACAUGGAGCAGCAGUGGCUGGAACAGUUCAGCACGUGGGAAUGUACCUGUCCUUGUAACAGGACUGGUGCUCUUUCUCGGGAGUUCAGUUUCCUGGUUAUAGUGGUGCCAGCUGUGGCCCUGUACUGAAAGGUAACUUUGUCUUCUGAAAGCUAUGUUUUGAUUUUAUGUGAAAAAUGCACUGCGUUUUCCUUGGCAUUUUCACAUUUGUGCUUUGAAUGGUUCUUGAGCACUUUCAAAUCAGUUGAUAAAUGCCACCUAAAAGCCAGCCUACUGGGAACUUCAGCACCUUUCCCAAGCCUCCCAGCUCAUCCACUGGAAAAGGUAAAUCAUGACUACACCUGGAACAAUGUAAUUUGUUUGCUUUAAUAUGAAAAUUAACGGUUGCCUUUUACUAUUAUUCUCUGGAACCAAAACUUCUUUGAGCAGGGAUUGCUGUAAGAACUUUUCAUUCAGAGUACAAAUAAAUACUUUAUUUCAAGGUAUUUGCCACGUCCUAUUGAGCUGAGGUACUAGCGGUCACUGUUUUCAACUAAACAAAUUGUUUUGUCCUAAGCAUGCAUCUCAGCCCUCUGGGGUCAUUCCCUUGAGCACAUGAAGAGCCAAUGAGAUUUAUUUUAGUGAGAGCCAUUCCUGGGCAAGGCAGGGUAGUUUUCUAUUCAUCAUAUACACAGGAGAACACCAGUUUCAAGCAUAGACACCUUCUGUAAAGGCAGCUUGUCCUCAUCCCUCCUGAGACAGAAGAAAGUGACACUGUGAAGGGCAGGUGAGGUACCAGCACUUAGGGAGGUGCUAUUUUUGUGCAAAAUGCCUGCUAUAGCUAGGAAUAAGAGUUAAUAAUUUAUAAGAGCUGUACAGUACUAUCCCUGAUCUGGGAUACUGUCACAGUCCCCAGGGGCUUCCCCCCAUCCUGAGCUGUGCUGUAGGAUAUUGGUGGAGAGCUUGGCAGCAGCAAGAGCCACCUGGUAUUUAUGGCAGAUAUACGGGGUCAGAGGCAUUUUGUGGCUGGAGUGGCAUACACAUAGUAUGCGGAGGGCAGCCCAGUGCUGCACAUUGCCACUAGUGAGACUCUUCUACAUCCAGGCACUGGACUCACAUCAGCAGGUGCCAGAGGCUGGUGUGGCAGGGUAGGCAAGCAGAGAAGUGAUCUAAGUGCUUUCCAAGAGGUGACUCCAGAGGUUCUGCACGGUGCAGGGGAGCAAGUCUUUGCAGGGCUGGAGGAGCAAGCCCGCCAAGCCAUGAUGAAAAAUAACUUUCGUGGAACUCUUGGGGACCAAAGGCCAACAAUUCGUCCACUCCAAGACCCUGACUCCAGCAGCAGUGGCAGCGAUGAUGAGGAAACCACUCAGGAUGAAGUUUCUUCCCAUACGUCUGAGGAAGAUGGCUCAAUGGUGAAAGUGAAGAAGGAAUUAGAAAACGCAGAACGACCUGUGGCUGGAACCCCAUUGAUAAGAGAAAAUGAGGUGCCUGAGAGUGUGAACGCUGAGCCCAUACUGGGACUGUCACAAUGCCCCCUCUGCCAGCUCGAGUGUGGAAGCAGAGAUCAACUCAUUGCACACGUCUACCAGCACACUGGAGCGGUGGUGAGUGCCAAGAGCUACCUGUGUCCUGUGUGUGGCAGAGCCCUCAGCUCCCCAGGAUCCCUUGGGAGACAUCUCCUGAUCCACUCAGAGGACCAGCUGUCCAACUGUGCAGUUUGUGGAGCACGCUUCACCAGCCACGCCACCUUCAACAGUGAGAAGCUGCCAGAGGUGCUCAGUGCGAAUCGGCUGCCGGCACCACAGAGCCAGGGCCCCUCCGGCGCUCAGGGGAAGGAUGUUGCCUUCUGCACCCCCGUGUAUCCCGCGGGCAUCCUGCUGGUGUGCAACAACUGCGCCGCGUACCGCAAGCUGCUGGAGGCACAGAGCCCCGGCAUGCGCAAGUGGGCCCUGCGGCGCCAGAACGAGCCCCUGGAGGUGCGGCUGCAGCGCCUGGAGCGGGAGCGCACGGCCAAGAAGAGCCGGCGGGACAAUGAGACGCCCGAGGAGCGCGAGGUGAGGCGCAUGCGGGACCGGGAGGCCAAGCGGCUGCAGCGCAUGCAGGAGACGGAUGAGCAGCGGGCGCGGCGGCUGCAGAGGGACCGGGAGGCCAUGCGGCUGAAACGCGCCAACGAGACCCCCGAGAAGCGACAGGCCCGGCUCAUCCGCGAGCGCGAAGCCAAGAGGCUCAAGCGGCGCCUGGAGAAAAUGGAUAUGAUGCUCCGGGCGCAGUUCGGCCAGGACCCCUCUGCCAUGGCCGCUUUGGCAGCUGAGAUGAACUUCUUUCAGCUGCCAGUGAGCAAUGUGGAGCUGGAGAGCCAGCUGCUGGGCAAAGUGACCUUUGAGGAGCAGAGCAACAGUGCGUUGCACUAAACCGCAGCCAAGAACUGUGCUGCCUUUGCUGCACCUGCCACGUGUGCAGUAGCAGGCGUCUGCGCCCAGGAGGCUGCUGUGGGUCCCUGCCUGACCCUCCCUGACAGGUGGUUCCGGUUUUCCUCUGAACCCAGGAGGAGAACAGAGCUGAGAGAUGCCUGCCAAAGCAGCUCUCGUGGGAGCAGAUUCUGAGGAUACAGUCUGCUCUGGGGGCCAAGUCACAGCCUGUGACAGAACGAAAAUAAAUUAAUGUAUUAAUUAACAUUAA